UAAUAGAUUUUACAUUACCUAAAUCCAUAAAUCUCUAUUUCAAAUAUCAUCUUUCCAACAGAUUUGUACCUAAAAAAAUUGGAAGAAUCUCAAAAUUUUGGAUUCAAUGGAAGUUUUGUUUGACGAUCGAUGGCAGCUGUUAUUCUUCAUCCGAUCGUGACAAAUGGAAGUUGAUCUCUAUUUUGAUCCCUCGCCGCAAAAAUUGGCUUGUCCUUCUCGAUAAUUUCCCCUCUGCUCUGAUAAUCCUCUUUCUCCUUCAAUCAAUGCAUUUCAGCCUUAAUUAGACCGCAUUUUCUCGAAAUUUUCGUUUUCUUCUUCGUCCUCUUCCCUUCUCUUUGGCGCUGAUUCUCCUGAAAUUUCAGGAUCGGCUUCAAUGACGAGUUGUACAAGAUGCUGAAUCAACGCUAUCCCGAGGUGUCCUGUUUGGAGACAACCUUAAUUUUUCAGACAGAUUCGAUCUUGCAUUUUCAAUGGGAAACUGCUGGACUAAGUUUUUCAAUAGUGUCCAAGAAGACUAUGCUGAAGUCCAGAAUGUUGAUAGCAAAAAUGUACAUCUCAUUACGUCGAUGGAGAAGUGGGAGGCGAAGCUUUUGGAAGCAACCAAAGAUGGCAAGAUUGUUAUUGCAAACUUCAGUGCACCAUGGUGUAGACCUUGUAAAUCCAUGACGCCAGCAUAUUGUGAGCUUGCUGAUAAGUAUACUUCCAUGGUAUUUUUGGCCAUUGACGUUGAUGAACUGGCUGAGCUCAGUACAUCAUGGGAUAUCAAAGCCACUCCGACAUUUGUGUUCUUUAAAGAUGGUCGCCAAGUAGAUAAAUUAGUAGGAGCUGACAAGUCAGAUCUGCAACAAAAGAUAGCUGCAAUGGACGAAUCGGUAAUCAAAUCUCAGAGUUGAUACUUUUUUUUCCUUCCUCAUUUUAUAUCAUACAU